AAGACAUUAAUAUCUAUCAAUUGAUACAUUAUAAUAUCGAUUGAUACAUUAAUUAUAAUAUCUAUCGAUCGAUAUUUAAUUAUAAUAUAUAUCAAUCUAUAUAUUGAUCAUAUGUAUCGAUACAUAAUAUCUGUCAAUUGACAUUAAUAUCUAUCAAUCGAUACAUUAAUAAUAUCUAUCAAUUGAUACAUUACUACUACUACUAAUAAUUAUUAUUAUUACAUUGGGUUAUUGAAGGCUUUCAUGGCCAGAAUCACUGGGUUGCUGUGAUUUUUCCGGGCUGUCUGGCCACGUCCCGGAAGCAUUUUUUCCUGACGUUUUGCCCACCUAUAUGGCAGGCAUCCUCGGAGGUUGUGAGGUCUGUUGGAAAUUAGGCAAGUGGGGUUGAUAUAUCUGUGGAUGUGAGAUAGAACUCUGUGGUCUGUUUGAGACAAGUGGGAAGGUUGCCAUCGGCCAGCUUGAUUAGCACUGAAUGGCCUUGCAGCUUCAAAGCCUGGGGAAUCCUGGAGGAGGUGGGAUUUCAAAGGGGUUUGAGUUGGCCUUCUUUUGAAGCCGAGAGAGUGUGACUGGCCCAAGCCGGCUUCAUGGCUGAGCAAUGACGUGAUGUUAACAUGAUGUUAAAAUACCUUGUUACCUGGAAGGUGUUUCUCGCAGCAAGCGCAGGCUUGUCGGAGGGAUUUCUGGGCCACUUCUCCCGCAAGGGCCUGGGGAUAAAUGUGAUAUAAUGGGAACGGGUUGAGUAACAAAUGGCAGUUGACACCCCUUUACAACCAAGGAUUAGGACGGGUUUUUGUUGUUGUUUUUUUCUGGUGCAGGAGACCUCUCGCCCCAAAUGCUCUCGGAGAUGAGAGAGACGAACCAAGUGCUGCGGGAAAUCACGGAGUUGCUGAAACAGCAGAUCAAGGAGAUCACCUUCUUGAAAAACACGGUCAUGGAAUGUGACGCCUGUGGGAUGGGCACGGGAGCCACAGGGCACCCCAUCAGCCUGGCCCCGCUGAGCCGCUGCUACCCCAACCCGUGCUUCCCGGGCGUCACGUGUACAGACACCGCCACCGGCUUCCGCUGCGGCACGUGCCCCCAAGGCUACACCGGCAACGGGACCCACUGCACCGACAUCAACGAGUGCACAGCCAAUCCCUGCUUCCCGAGAGUCCAGUGUAUCAACACGGCCCCUGGUUUCCGGUGUGAACGAUGCCCCGCCGGAUACACGGGACCGGUCCACGAGGGGGUGGGCUUAGCCUUCGCCAGGGCCAACAAACAGGUUUGCAACGACAUCAACGAGUGCGAAUCCGGCACCGCCAGGACCUGCGUCCCAAACUCCAUCUGCAUCAACACCCGGGGAUCCUACAAGUGCGGUUCCUGCAAAGCCGGCUUCGUGGGUGACCAGACGAGUGGCUGCCGGAGCAAGGCCGAGCGGCGGUGCCCCAAUGGGGAGCUCAGCCCCUGCCACGAAAAGGCCGAGUGCUUCGUGGAGCGCGACGGGUCUCUGGUCUGCGUGUGCAAGGUCGGUUGGGCAGGAAAUGGCUACAUCUGCGGACCGGACACCGACAUCGAUGGCUUCCCCGAUGAAAAGCUCCGCUGCACCGACAAAAAGUGCCGCAAGGACAACUGUGUCACCGUCCCGAACUCUGGCCAAGAGGACGCAGACCGGGAUGGGAUCGGCGACGCUUGCGACGAUGACGCCGACGGGGACGGGAUCACCAACACCGAGGACAAUUGUGUCUUUGUACGCAACACCGACCAGCGUAACACCGACCAGGACAAUUUUGGCGAUGCCUGCGACAACUGCCGCAACGUCAAGAACAACGACCAGAAAGACAGCGACGGAGACGGGCGCGGCGACCUCUGCGACGACGACAUGGACGGAGAUAAGGUGAAAAACGUGUUGGACAACUGCGUGAGGAUUCCCAACCCGGACCAGCGGGACAGCGACGGGGACGGCGUGGGCGACGUCUGUGACAGCUGCCCACAUAUCAGCAAUCCAGACCAGAAAGACACCGACCACGAUCUCGUGGGCGAUCCCUGCGACACCAACCAAGACCGGGAUGGAGACGGCCACCAGGACUCUCGGGACAACUGCCCCUCGGUGCCCAACAGCUCCCAGCUCGAUUCGGACCGGGAUGGCAUCGGGGACGAAUGCGACGACGACGACGACAACGACGGCAUCCCGGACCAGAGGCCGCCGGGCCCCGACAACUGCCGCCUGGUCCCCAACCCUGGGCAGCAGGACUCCGACCGAGACGGCAUCGGAGACGCCUGCACCAACGACUUCGACAAGGACCUCGUCGUCGACCAGAUCGACGUCUGUCCCGAAAACGCGGAGGUGACGCUGACGGAUUUCCGGGCCUUCCAGACCGUCGUCUUGGAUCCCGAAGGGGACGCCCAGAUCGACCCGAACUGGAUCGUCCUCAACCAGGGAAUGGAAAUUGUUCAGACCAUGAACAGCGACCCAGGUUUGGCCGUCGGCUACACCGCGUUCAACGGGGUGGACUUCGAGGGCACCUUCCACGUCAACACGGCCACAGACGACGACUACGCCGGGUUCAUCUUCGGCUACCAAGACAGCGCCAGCUUCUACGUUGUCAUGUGGAAACAAAUGGAGCAAACCUAUUGGCAGGCCAACCCUUUCCGAGCCGUCGCCGAGCCGGGGAUCCAGCUAAAGGCGGUGAAAUCCAAGACCGGGCCGGGCGAAUACCUCCGCAACUCCCUCUGGCACACCGGAGACACCCCCGACCAGGUCAGGCUGCUGUGGAAAGACCCCCGGAACGUGGGCUGGAAGGACAAGACUUCCUACCGCUGGUUCUUGCAGCACCGGCCACAAGUGGGCUACAUCCGGGCUCGUUUCUACGAAGGACCCGAACUGGUGGCCGACACGGGGGUCGUGCUGGACACCACGAUGCGGGGCGGACGUCUGGGCGUCUUCUGCUUCUCCCAGGAGAACAUCAUUUGGUCCAACCUGCGGUACCGCUGCAACGAUACCAUUCCCGAAGACUACGAGUCGUACCGGAACCAGCGGGACUACUAAGCACCACUGCUUCGAACGGAUCUACUGCUUGGCUUCUUAAAAGAUAUAGAGAUAUAUAAUUUUAAAUAUGGUGGACUGUCCUCGAAUGCUUUGCAACCACUGAGCAUCGUCAGUGCCGUACGAUGCCCCGAUGUCUUCAGGUCAGAGAGGCUCUAUUUUGUCACCGUUUCCGCGGGUGCGGAGUGCUCGACGUCGGGGCCCGGGAUCCCCCGAGGCCGCGGAUACGGUCGAACCCACAAACCCAGACAGGAGGACAAUUUUGUCGGGAAAGGGUUAAAUUGAGACACAUCUACCUUCUGUCUCAAUUUCCCUCUUCUCUGGCAAUCUAGCAAUCUGCAUAGACGCACAGACAGAAAUCCACAUUCUCAUUUUAUUGAAGUGAUUACUACUAUUUACAUAGCACGGCCGGAGCGAAACAUUUAAGCAUCCAACGAGCGGUUCUCAUUUUAUUGAAGUGAUUACUACUAUUUACAUAGCACGGCCGGAGCGAAACAUCUAAGCAUCCGACGAGCGGUUCUCAUUUUACUCAAGUAAUUACAACUAUUUACAUAGCACGGCCGGAGCGAAACAUCUAAGCAUCCGAUGAGCGGUUCUCAUUUUACUCAAGUAAUUACAACUAUUUACAUAGCACGGCCGGAGCGUAACAUCUAAGCAUCCGAUGAGCGGUUCUCAAUUUAUUGAAGUAAUUACAACUAUUUACAUAGCACGGCCGGAGCGUAACAUCUAAGCAUCCGAUGAGCGGUUCUCAAUUUAUUGAAGUAAUUACAACUAUUUACAUAGCACGGCCGGAGCGUAACAUCUAAGCAUCCGAUGAGCGGUUCUCAAUUUAUUGAAGUAAUUACAACUAUUUACAUAGCACGGCCGGAGCGUAACAUCUAAGCAUCCGACGAGCGAGUGAAGUGUGGAUUUAUGUCUGUGCAGCUUCCUGAAUUCUCCCGUUUUCAGCCCUAAAACAAGGCCGAGGGUGUCCUUUUGGUACUUACCAAGCGGAUCAGGGACGUGGUCCAUCUCUGUCCCUGCUGUGGAAAUAAAUCUCUUUUUUUUAGUGAA